GCACAACUUCGCAACUGCGCAAGGGUGAGGAGAAGCUCCCAAUGUAGUGACUGCCCAGCAACUGACAGGCAGUGAUCCCCCAAAGGUGUAGUACCCCGCAAAAGAGUAGCACCCUCCCAAACGCGUAGCACCCCCCAGCGCACACCACCCCCCGCAGCUACAUGUACUUCCCGCCGCUGCUUUCAUGCCUCAUUCCCCUGCUCUUUAUGAACCCCUCCGGUGGAGCCAUCAGAUGUGGCUUUCGAAAUUUCGCCUUUAACUGUUUCACCAAGAUAGCCUACAGCAACAAGUACCUCACACGAGCCAUAAACAGACGACUGGGCAAAAUGGCGGACGAGGAAGAGAAAGCCCUUGCGGCCGCGGGGAAGGACGAAAACGGAGACUCAAUUUUUGGAAAAAUCGCGAGGAAGGAAGUGAAGGUUGACCUCGUGUACGAAGACGACAAGGUCCUCGCCUUUAACGACAUCAACCCGCAGGCACCCGUGCACAUCCUCGUGAUCCCCAAAAUGAGAGAUGGGCUGACGAGGCUCAGCAAGGCGGAGGAGAGGCACAAGGAGAUCCUGGGCCACAUGAUGUGGGCGGUCUCCGAAAUUGUGAAGAAAAACAACCUGGGCGACUUCCGCCUGGUCGUCAACAACGGGCCCGAGGCCUGCCAGUCCGUGUACUACCUGCACCUGCACAUCCUGGCCAAGCGGCAGAUGAAGUGGCCCCCCGGAUGAGGAGCGAAGAGGUGGUCC